AUACGCAUGUGUGCGGCGGGAUGAAAUCUCUUUGGUAGCGCGACCGCCUCUGAUGUCCGCUACGUAUGGGUCGUCGAGGUGUUCGUCCGUCAAGGGUCAUCCUGACGACGACGGGGUUAUCGCGUUUGAGGAAAAAAGGGGAGAAUUUUAGUUGGAAGACGAAGAGAUUUGUACGAAGGCGCACGCCGCUGGAUACGCCAGUCGAUUCAGAGUGGUUGAUCGGUGAUCUGGAAGUGUGGAAAAAGAUUAAAUGAAUAAAUAGAUGUACAAAGUAACAACGAACGGAGGAACAGCGUGACGGGAAUCGAACAGUAAAACCCUCGCGAUCAGAAGCGCAAGUUCUUCGUUCCCGUUGAAAAGAAAAUACCGUGAAUUUCGAAAACCCUGCGAAACGGAGCACACGCGUCAAAGAUGAAGGAUCAGUUCAUAUUGAACCCGGCCGUUUUCGACGUUAAAACUAUGAAGAAAGAGAGAAGUAAACUCUCCAACAUCCUGCUGAUAUUCUUCUUCGUACUGACAACGAUAGCUAGUUUUUCUCUGGUGAUUGUAUUUUGGUUUACCAGCGUCUUCGACAACGCCAUACUUUCGCAAUUGGUGUUAAAAAAUGGCACCCAGUCUUUCUCGUGGUGGGAAAACCCGCCGGUAACUCCAUUGAUUCGCGUGAUGGUGUUCAAUUACACGAAUCUGGAGGAGUAUCGUCUCGGUAAGGCGGCGAAAUUACACGUCGAGGAAUUGGGGCCGUACAUCUACAAGGAAACGUUGAAAAGAGUGAACGUCGAGAUACACGAAAACGGAAGAACGCUGAGCUACCAGGAAUACACGACUCACGAAUGGGUCGGCGGACGUCCGGACAGCGAGAUAAUAUGCGUGCCAAAUUUGCCGCUCAUGACAGCGGUUAAAAAAUCAAAGGGGAUCAAUUUUCUCGCACAUCUCGGCAUCACCGUUACCCUGGGAUUCAUGCAGGCCGAACCCUUCAAAGUGCUCACCGUCGAAAAGUAUCUCUGGGGUUACCACGACCAUCUCGUCGACACCGUCCACGACGUCCUCGCUGUCACGGGACCGAUUACCCCCGCCGAGACGUUCGGGAUGCUGAUGGGCAGAUCUGGUCUCUCGAAAGAUCGCAUAACCAUCCAAACCGGGUCCGACGAUAUAAAUCACCUCGGUUUGGUCGAGGAAUUGAACGGCGUGAAAAAACUCGAUGUUUGGGACGACGAGGUGUGCGACGGAAUCAAUGGCACCGACGGAAGCAUGUUUCCCCCGAAUCUCGUCCGAGACCCUCGAGCAAAAUUGAACAUUUACACACGCGAUAUGUGCAGAAACUUUCCACUGGAAUUUUACGGCUACGGUUCUUCCUUCGGGAUCCCAAGUUUGAGGUACAAACCGUCGAAAGAUAUUUUCACGGCAACGAGGGAGAAAAAUUCUUGCUUCUGUCAGAAGAGUUUGGACGGUAAAAAAAUCGAGAGUUGUCCGCCCGUAGGAGUUUUCAAUGCAUCGGCGUGCAAUUUUGGUGCACCGGUACUUCUGUCGUUCCCCCAUUUUUACGGGGGAGAAAAAUCCCUGCUGAAUCACGUGACCGGUUUGAAUCCGAAGAAAGAGUUGCACGAAACAUGGGCCGACAUACAUCCGCGUCUGGGGGUUCUGAUCGGAGGUUUGUCACGUUUGCAAAUUAACGUCCAGGUGAACGUCGUGCGUACGAUUCCGGUCCUCGAACCCCUAAAAGAUGGAAUGAUUCUUCCGGUACUCUGGCUUGAAAUUGGCAUUGAUACCAUACCAGAUCAGAUUCUGGGGAUGUUGAAGCACGCUUACUUCACGGCUAGCGCCGUUGAGUGCGGUCUUCAAUGGGGGAGCGUUAUUUGUACGCUUCUUUCGAUGUUCGCCGCAGCCUAUAUGGUGAGAAAAUACAAGAGAACGAACUGCGUCUCUUCUCUAAAAUUUCAGAUACAAAAGAACUUGAUAGUCGAAAGCCAGCAGUGUAAGCGAUAAGGUUUCGAACUUCGUCUCGAUUGUUUCAUUUUUUGAAAAAAAAAAAAAAAAACUUCAAACGUUCGUUUUCGGCUGUAAAAAAAAAAACAAGUUUGGAGAAAACGUCGGUGUAUUGAAAAAUUCAGUCGCGACGCAACUGGCGUUAUAGGUAGUUACGCGCGCGCGUUCGAAAAUUAAAAAUCGAAAAGAUUCCUCAUCGUUGUUAGAUGGUUCGAUGAAAAUUGAAUUCACACCAUGCAGACGAUGGAAGGACAGAAGAAUAGCUCGCGUUCACAAAGCACGAAGUUCGCCUUCAACGAGUUCAAAAUUAAGCAGGGCACUCAAAUGCGUCCGUGCGGCUUAAGUAUGAAAAGUAUUAAUCGUUUGACAGAUGGAACAGGUAUGGCAUGCGUGUAUGUGAAAUGUCAGUAGGUUAUUAUAUUGAAAAAAAUCAUUUUUUCAAUUUUUUACCGAUAUUUCUUUUUUGUCGGUAAACGAAAUACAGUUUUCCAUUACUCGUACGAUGUAUAUGUGGUAUACUAUAUAGUAUCCUCUACGACAUGUAAUACAUUAAAUCAGCGAGGCAGGAUUAUUAAUUCAUGAUCAAGUUAGAACAGAGUAGGUACGAUCCUCGCUACUAAAAUUUAAAAAAGGAAAAAAAAAAAACUCAACAGAAAUCAACAAUUUUUGUCUACAUUUUUUACGUAGGUACAGACGUGAUGAUCGUAAUAACAUCACGUCUCAAGCUAGUCACUCGCAUGCAGAUUGCACCACGUCUAUUCCAUAUGUUCAAUUGAAUCUUAAUGAGAAUCACAUAGGUGUUUACUUUUUUUUUUUUUUUUUUUUCGUUUUUGAUAAUUUUUAAACGUUAUUUAUUUUUAUUCUUUUUCUUUUCCUCGUUUCCAACAGACUCGCAAUAAUUCUCACGUUUAAAAUAAAAUUAACGUUGAUGUAAUUAUCAACGAUGUUGUUGAUCUUGUAUUAUAAACUUGUUUCUGUUUUUUUUUUUGUUCAUUUUUUAUUCGUAUGUAUAUGUAGGUGUAUAUAUAUUUUAUAGAGGCGAUAUAAGUGAUAUUUACGCCAGUUGUUUUCACGGACUCCAACAUAUGUGUAUGUGCGUACGGUAUAAAUUGACAACGUUGCAUAAAAUAUCAGAAUUAUUAUAAAAUCAGCAGGUUCUUGAUUAAUAUUUGCGUGGACAAAUUCACUGUACAACGAAUUUUUCCGAUCAGUUACUCCAUAUUUCGUAACAUCGUUAGUUUUUCUCCUUUUUUUUCGUCUUCUUCUCAGCGCCAUUCUCCAUCUCGUACGAUAUUUGAUACAAGAAACAAAUUUUUUUUUUUGUACCACAUCGAACCAUCGUGAACAAAACUGAGCGAUAGAUAACCUUUACGACAUUAAAUAUAUAAAUAUAUAUAUAUAUAUGUGUGUAUGUGUGUGUGUGUGAGUGUGUGCGUGCGUGUUACCCAUGCAAUGCGAUAUAAUUUCCGAGAAUUAUAAAUGAAGAAUUUUUCAUUCAUUUUAAUAUGCUAUAAGGUCAGUGCACAAGUUCAGUCAUUUAAUAUUUAAGCGAAUUACGUUAUUAUAAAAUCGUUAAAAAAAUAUUUAUAUUGAAUGGUUUUUUUUAAUUUUUACUUUCUUCUUAAAGUUAAUUGUUCAUAAUCGUUCGAAUUGUCGUUGUUUCUUUACUUUUCCACGUGAGCAUAUACGUAUGGUAUACAUACAUGUACAACAAGUUUCGUUCAAACAAUCGUGUAGAGUAAUUAAUUCCGUUAUGCAAUGAUAUCGAUGUAGAUUUGAAGCCAAAAAAAUAUUCGCGAGAGAGAGAGAGAGAGAGAGAGAGAAAGUGGGAGAGAAAGUGAUAGAGAGGGAGAGAGAUAUAAUUGAAUACAGAUAAGACUAUACGCAUAAUAGAAAUCGUCCCGUUUUGAAUAUGAUAAAAAUUGAACCGAAAAUAAAUGCGAUUUUUAUAUUCAACUUGUCACAAUUCCUUUUAAUUAUAAUAUAUCUUCCAUAGUAUACCGGAUGAUACACCUAUUAUAUAUACAUAAGUAUGUGUACACAUGUGGGUAUAUAUUCGUAAUAAACAGGGUAUAUAUAUAUACAUAUACAAAUUGCCUGCAUACAUACACAACUAUUUGGCAUAUUUUGAUUUUUAUUGUACAAAAUUAGAUAUUAUAGAUUUAUGUAUAAUAGAAUACCUAAAAAUAUUCUACCGUCUAAACUAUAUUAUUAAUCUAUGUAUAUAUAUAUAUAUAUAUAUAUAUAUAU